UGAAAAACGGUUAAUUCAAAUUCAAUCAGAAUAAAACUGUUAAAAAAACAGUUAAAAACCACGAUAUGAGUUCGUUGUUAGGGUCUUCAGCUGCUGCCACGUCAUCGCCAUGGAUUCCGAUUCGCAAACCUUCGUUUCUCACAUCAACAACAACACCACCACCACCAGCUCCUUCCAAAUUCUUCAAAUUCCAUUCCUUUUCUCCUUCUUCGUCUUCCUGCUUUCGCGUUGUUUGUAGCAGUGGCGGAACCGAGGGAUCAUCGAGAUCGAGCUCCGAUGCGGCGGCGCGUGAGUUCAAGUUCGUGCUCCACGACGCUCUGGAAUCUUCUGGAAUCCACACCUCUCAUGCCAGAGAAGGAAGGGAGGGUUUCUGUGCGCAGAUCCGGAAAUUGUCUGGCAUUGAGAGGGAAACCAGCAUUAGCAUCAAUAGUCGUGUUGAUUUGGGGAAAACGGCUCUUUAUAUAGCGGCAGAGGAUGAUUCUCUUGUUUCUCACUCUUCAGUUCCUCUCCCUGUAGAUGCUUUCAUUGAAAGAUUGGAUGAUCUUUCCGUAGGCUACUGCUCUCACUAUAACUCCUCUUAUAGUUCAUCGCCAGAGAAGUUUUUGGAGAGCAUAGAGAGAUAUCUGUAUGGCAGAAGGGGUUUUCGAAGAACUCAUUCAAGAAAUCAAUCAGAGCCACGAGCUCUUUAUCUUCACUCAGUUUUGACCCAUCGUUCAGGCUCCAUCGCCAUGCUUUCGCUUAUAUACUCGGAACUCCUGAAAAUGCUUCGCAUGUGGGGCCUUGUGGAUUUUGAUGUGGAGAUAUUCUUUCCUCAUGAUCUUCAUAGUCUACCAAGAGGCUAUGAUAAACAAAAAAGCAAGGAGUCAGAUCAGCCACAUAUAAUUACAUCGCAAACGCUAUUGCUGGAGAUUUUGAGAAAUCUGAAGAAUGCUUUCUGGCCAUUUCAACAUGAUCAUACCAGAAGUUUAUUCUUAUGGGCAGCACAUGCCGCUAACUGCAUUGAUAAAUCAAAUAUUGCAGAAGAAAGUGGCUUUCAGCUUGCAUCUGCUAAGGCUGCUCAACAUAGGCUCGAACGUGGUGUUUGGACCAGUGUACGUUUUGGGGACAUGAGGCGCGCAUUAUCUGCAUGUGAACGGCUUAUCCUUCUGGAUACUGAUGCAAAGGAAUUAAGAGAUUAUAGCAUUCUUCUCUACCAUUGUGGAUUCUUUGAGGAAUCACUCCAGUAUCUAAAGUUGUAUCAGGACACCAAGGAUUCUUCCUUAAAAAGCCAAUCAGCUGAUUCACUCAGCAGCCUAGAGGAAGAUGCUGUGGAGAAAUUGAUGAUACGCCUCAACCUCAUUUUGAUGGAGGAAGGUUGGAGUAAGCCCUCGCAUGUUAGAAAUUAUAUUGGUAAUAACUCGGAACCAUGGUAGUGUCUCUUGUAUAUUGUCUGACAGCCCUAAGAAACCUGAUCUGAAUUUGGUUCUUAUAAAAUUGGGUAGAGUCGUAGUUUAUACAACUUAAAUCUUUCACAGUA